AUGGCUUUCUUUCCUCCUAAUUCUCAAUUGAUGAAUUGUGAGUCUAAUAAAAAACUUCAACCAAUUAUUAAUUUUUCUUCCAAGGAGGAUAAUGAAGAAAUUAGUGAUAAUAAUUUGCAUGAAAAUUGUUACAUUGUUGGGAUCAAAGAGUACAUAACAACUAGAAAUCUUCACUUAUCUAAGGUAAUUUCUAGAGAAAAAAGAGCAGCUGUUUUGAUAUGCCUUUUUCAAGGCCUUGAAGGUGAAAUUCGUGUAAUUUUAACCAAAAGAUCCAUGAAACUUUCCACUCAUCCAGGAGAGGUAGCAUUGCCUGGUGGAAAGAUGGAUGAAGAAGAUUUAGAUGAUUCUGCCACUGCUCUAAGAGAAGCAAAGGAGGAGAUUGGUUUGAAACCCAAUCUUGUUCAAGUCAUUACUAAUCUUGAACCAUUCAUAUCAUUGCACCUACUUACGGUUGUACCAGUAGUGGGGCUAUUGUCUAGAAUAGAAGAAUUUAAGCCUCUACUUAAUGCCGACGAAGUUGAUGCUAUUUUUGAUGUACCCUUGGAUAUAUUUCUCAAGGAAGAGAAUCAUCGACGUGUGGAAAAGGAAUGGGGAAGAUGGAAAUAUGUAUGUCACAUAUUUGAAUAUGAGUCAUCAAAGAAAGGAGUUUACCAAAUAGGGGGAUUGACAGCAAGCAUUUUGAUUCAUGCUGCAUCAAUCAUUUAUCAAACAACUCCUUCUUUUUCUGAAUAUCUUCCUGAUUUUAGUCAAUUGCAAUUCACCCUAAACAUGAAUUAA